AUGCACAAACCCUCGCUGGCUCAAAUUGUGCACAGCGCAACAUUCCCUCGCCCACGCACGGGAGACCCGGCGACUUUCUCCGCGCAUAUUACUCGUAAUCUCGUCCCCGAAGUUCGUAUCGAAACCUCGACCUUCUAUGGAUCGCUAGACUCCGUCGAAGCCCAGUACCCCGGUCUGGACUACUCUUACCGGCCCCACCGCAUGCGACUCAGCCGGUUUCCAUGGCACCGACGGCUCUUCCGCGUUUUCGAUGAUCUCGGGCUCACCGAGGCUGAGAUUUCGUCGCUAUGUCGCUGGGAAGGGACUAAGUCGGCGCGCCAGCGAUACGAGAAAGAAGAGGGAGUAAAAGUACGAGAUACUACAGCAGAUGGUGUCCGACCGGCCUCGCCCUCGCCCCUUCCAUCCAUCUAUGUCCACCUCGACGGGGGUGUGGAACACAACCAAGAAUCGACCUCCGUCCCCGAAGAGCAAGAAGACGCCCUCGCCACGUCCUCGACCGCACCCAUUGACGACCGGGGGGUCGAGUGCGAGACACAAGAGAAGUCGGAGGAAGACUCCAGCGACGAGGAAAUGGAGAGCUGUGGGGUCGAACUCAAUCACCGGCUUCUCGCAGCGAGCGCCGCACGGGAACGCGGCGUCCACGUCCCGUUGGACGAAGACUGGGAACAGUGGUUGAAGGAAGCCCGGGAACGCGGAAGCUAUCCAGACGUACUCAAUGCGAUUCGGAUGGGCCAGCCGCUGAAUUUCCUGUGGGACUUGUCCACCACCCCCAUGCCCAAUCUGGAUGCCUCCUUCGAUUCUUCCCGGGCUUUCUCUCUUGAUCACCAUCGGUCCCCCGUCCAGAUAACGCGCCCCUCGUUCACCAUGAUCAAAGCCAUCUUCUAUAGCAAAUUUGAUACCCAGGAAGGCCCCAAGGUGGUGCACCAAGUCCCAAAUGGCGCCAUUGUUCCUUCGCCCACGGCCCCCGCGCAACCUCUUUUCCUCCCUUUCCCCGACAUUUCUUUUUUCGUGAUUCCGCGCCAGGAGCUCUGUGGGAAUCUAAUCCAGGUCUGUAUCAAUGGGUACCGAAUUCUAGGAUACCCGAUCUGCAUGAAGUCCACUCGCUAUGACCGCAAUGAGUUCAUCUUCAACUUUUGUGUGGUGCUGCCGGAAGAGGAGGAUUUCAAUAUAUACAAGAGUGUGGUCCAGAAGCUGGCGGAUAUCAUGCACGGGCUCGAAGAACAAAAUCAGUUUCUGUCCAGGGACUAUUCCAAGUCUGGGGAGGGAAAAGUGUACAGUUUGUGCGAGACCUUGAUGGAGGACCUCAAUAAUUACUGCGAGUGCAUGAUCCCUAUCGACGAUCUGAACACGUUGAAUAUCAAACUCUUUCCCGUGUAUCCGGCCCCUCCACCGGUCAAGUCCUGGCAAGUUCCACUGUUUACGGUGCGAUAUCAAGCCUUCAUGGAUGAGAAUUGGGACUUAACCAUGCAACGCGUCGUGCCUCACAUCAACGGUGUCAACAGCGUUCGCAUCAUCUCCAUCCUUUCGGACACGGAUUUCUCCCUCACCUGUCGCGCUAUCCGGCACCUUCUCUAUUACGGCUGCCUCGUCCUCCUCGACAUCUUCUCUUUCUCAGCCAUCUACGCUCUCACGGCGCAGUUCAGCUCCACCUUCGCGUCCGACCAAGACAUGCAAGAGGAAUGCGCCCGUUACGUCACCACCGUCUUCGACUCCACGGUCGGAAACGCGUCCACCGCCGGUGGUGCCAGCGAGAUAGCAAGCACCGCGAGCGGCAGUCACAGCCCAAGAAGUCCCAGUCUCACAAACAUGGUAGCCUCGGUUCAUUCGGCCUCCGCAAAUGCCACACUACCAAGCACCAUAGCAACCGGUACCGAAGACAGUCAAGCCCCAGAAAGAGACACGAUCGACGGCGUCGGGUUGAUCGAACUCUACGCGAGUCUCAAGCAAGGCCAGAGCGUCAAGCAAUGGUACACCCUACACAGCCGCAAACUCGCCCACAUCGACAUCAGGCGGUUCAUCACCUUUGGCAUCAUCAAGGGAUUCCUGUACCGCGUCCACAAGUACGCCGUAGCGACGGGCUUACCCGCCCCGCCGAUGAAAUCCUUCGCACCCCACAACCACCAUCACCCCCAUUCUUCCCAGCCCCCCAGCGGCGCCUCCUCGCGCGGACCUGGAACCGGCACGAACACCCCAUACGCCUCGAGUGUGGGCGAAGAAUCCGCCCCGAUAGCUUCUCUGGGGCCCACGCCGAACGGCAGCCGACCAGGAACAGUCGUCAUCGAUGACGAUGACUUCAUAGACGACAAGUCUCUGUCGAAAUACCUCGACGGAAUGCACUGCUUCGACCAGAUCUGCACCGAGCUGGAAAUCAGCGAGCGAGAGCUGACAACCAGAUUAAAGAGAUAUGCGGGCGAAGUUCUGAUCAUCCACCGGUGA